UGCAGAAUACACCGACAAGUGGAAACCAGUCAAUUACGGGCAAGGAAAUGAGAUGGCGGCGUCGGCGUGUCCAUCUUUGCGCUCUUCUGGUGAUACUGCUGUUCUUGCUUUUUGGACGAAAUAGUGGCGUUAGACAAGUUGUAGCAGCAUAUUUGCAAAUUGUCUAGUCAGGAGCUCCAUGACAGCUAAAGUUGGAGCUGUAGAUUCGACACAGUACAGUCUUGUCACUGAUUAUAGCUAACCAAUUUUUGUAGCUACCUGUAGUAAUUUUUAGACUCCUAAGAGCUUUAUUGUAUCAGGAGGAUUACCUAUUACUGAAUUUUUUUGUUUGCUAUGGUAAUUUUUAUGACACUUUUAUAGUCUUAGUAAUUAACUAUGAAAAUUACUUGUUAGCUGUCUAAUGGAUAUAAUUAUAGUAUUUUAAUUAAACAGUUUGAGACGGAAAGCUAUGAAAAUAAUAUGUGGAAAUAAUUUAUAUCAACAAAGCAUAUCACACAAAAAUGAAGUUUAUUUGUAGAAGACAAUCUCUGCAGCCGUAUAGAAAUUGUUUGCAGUUAGUGAAAACUUUAGUCAAAUUAACUGUAAUUUUUAUCAGCAGGCGCCUUUUUAGGGCUACGGUUUUACUCCAUUGAUAUUGGAAAAUUUGGUAUCAACCCAGCUGACAGUCGGUCACCAUUGCUCUCUCUGUCUACAUCUGUGUUGAGCAGUGUUGCCACCAACCUAACUCAGAUGCUUGACAGACAUUGCAACAGACCAGAGUCUAUAGGACAAUUAGCGAAAUCAUCUAUGGAAGGCCAAUUUGCCGGAAUGGAGGACUACGAGCUUGCUUUAGUUCAAGUUGUGACGAGACACGGCGAUCGUUCUCCUAUCUAUGAUAACUCUCUGAGUAACUGGCAUGAUUAUCGAUGUCCAAGAAAGACAGAGUACAAUUCAGUGAAUCAUUUGGACUUCUUAAAGCCAUGCGGUCAAGCCAUGCUAACUCUGACUGGAUGUCGGCAGCAUCAAGUUAUCGGAAAGCACUUUCGUGAUGUUUACAAAUUGUACAAUGAAGAUAUUGCGUCGAAGAUAAUGCUCGUUAGCACUGUAUACCAAAGAACAACAAGGAGCGCUUUAUGUCUAGUUAGCGGUCUGUUGGGUCAUACGAGAUUUGAUCGAAUUACAACAUCAUCGAGUGUAAUGUUUCAAGAUAGUCCACUUCGUCAUACUCGAUACCCAAAGAAAUGCAAUAAGAAAGACAAACUUUGGCGUCUGGUGUAUGACCAAGACACGUUUCGGCUUGCAAGAAAGAGAUGGGAGAGUGUGAGGAGCGAAGUGAACGAUAUCGUCGUUGGACUCGGCUGGCCGCCUGUACAAGAUAUAGUUCACUUGUUUGAUGGUGUUGUUUGCCAUUAUUGUCAUUUGUACGCGGAAGGAGUUCGAGAUAGCAUGACGCCUUGCAUUGGCAGGAACUGCUUGCCAUUGUCUGUCGCAGUAGAGAUAAUCCGUACUGCCGAUUUGUCAACAAAGUUGAAUUACGACAGGAAAAUAUCUGUUGUGCUUGCUCAGCCUUUGUUGGCAUCAAUUGUCAAUGAAAUGGAGGGUUGGAUCAACGGAAGUAUGAAGAGCCGUUUCAUCCUAUACUCAGGUCAUGACUCUACUAUUACAGCAUUACUUUCAGCUCUAGAAGCAUUCGAUGGUCAUCGGCCACCAUAUGCUUCCAGACUUGUCUUUGAACUGUGGCAAAGGAAAGGUCAAAACAGUGCACAUAUAGUUAGGGUUUUAUACAAUGGUCACGUGGUUCAGUCGAGUUUUAUUGACCAACUGAUGCCAUUUGACGGGUUUAAACAGGGUCUCCUGUUUGGGCAUCUUAGAGACCCAGCAUCUUACCUCAGUGCUUGCUUAAGUGGAUCUUGGUAGAGUAAGUGAGAGUAAAAUUAUAGGAGGGACGUUGUUGAUGCACAAAUUUUAAUUUUACUGACUGAGGAGUGUUUUCUGGUAGUAAUUUGGGAUAACACUGAUAAGCAAACUCUUUCUUUGUAUUUGGUAGUUAAGUUCUUUAUUUAUAUUGAUUGGUUUCAAGUUUUACAAUAACGAAGUAAGGAUUGGCACUGU